AUGCUGCUGAAUCGACUGGCUUCCGGGUUGAGUCUGCUGAUACGCCUACCCAUGUGCCUGCUGCCGCACCAGCUGCUCCUGUUGUUGGCUCUGGGCAGAGAGAUUACGCCGGCGCAGUACGCGAUCAUUGCGGCUUCUUUUCCGGAGAACCCCACGCCCAAAGCCAUUCAGGAGCGCUUGACGAAGCUGCGCAAAGAACAGAAUGCCGAGACUACCCGUCUAGGCCUCGAUACAGCGGACCAGAAGCCCAUCCAUCCAGUCAACCCCGAGGAUGACGAUGCGGAGGAGGAGGACAACGAUGACGACGACGCCGCCCCUCCCUCCAAGUCCAAGGGCAAGCGCCCCGCCAACGAUGAUGCUCGCGCCUCCAGCUCCCGUCCGACCAAGAAGACUAAGCGCGCUCACCAGCCCACGACGGAGGAGGGGGAGCAGAAGCCGGAGACCGCGGCUGACCUCCGCGAGAAGGCCAUGCUGAGUGAAGAGACGCUCGCCGCCUUCCCCAUCAACCGUCCCUGUGACCUCUCCAUUGAUGCACUGAUGGACUUGCAACGCGCCCGCGACAUCCGUCUUCAGGCCAUGGUUGACGAGUUCCUUGCCAGCGCGACUACCACGACUAGGGUUAGGAACACUCUGGCGGCCGGUACCAAUGCGCUUCAACACAACCAAAACCUCUUGGGCCAGCUUGUCGGGGAGGCGAGCCGUCGUGCCCGUCGCCAAGCCGCUGCUGCUGAGGAAGCGGAGGAGGAGUAUCUGGACGAGGAGGCUGGAGAGGAGGAUGUGAAGGGCGAAGUCGAGGACGACGACUCGGACGAUGAGUACGGGGAGGAUAGCGAGGGGCACGCCGACCUGUACGACUGA